CUGGAACAGCAACCUGACAGACAAAUAUCACUAACGCCCAUUAAGAGGCAAUAGGAAAUGAAUCGAGUCGUGAAAUUAGUUGCCACUCCAUCCCACUGAGAGAAGAGACCUCCCUGCCACACCAGCAGACCCUCUCUGUCGCACUUUGGGAUUUAUCCGCAUUUUCUCUCACUCCCCCGGCUUUGUCCAGCAUUUAGAUACCUUAUCUCCCCUUGCAUCGUCGAAAUGGCAACGCGAAUUGACAAAGAGGCUUGCAGAGAAGCAUAUAAUCUGGUGCGAGACGACACCACAGAUGUAUGCUGGGCGUCUUUUAAGUAUGAUGGAUCUACCAUUGUACCAGCUGGUCAUGGGUCCGACUACGAAGAAUUCAAGAAUCAAUGUACAGAUGACAACCGACUCUUCGGUUUUGUAAGGAUCACGACAGGCGACGCCAUGAGCAAGCGUGCCAAGUUCACCCUCAUCACCUGGAUUGGCGAAAACGUCAGCGGACUGCAAAGAGCCAAGAUUAGCACUGACAAGACGCUGGUAAAAGAUAUUGUGCAGAACUUUGCCAAGGAGUUUAUGAUCAGCGAUCCCAGAGAGCUGGAGGAAGAAUAUCUCCGCACCGAGCUGAAAAAGGCCGGCGGGGCCAACUACGACGCCCAGGCUGAAUAGAACUUUGCUAAGGGUUGGAGGAGAAGGAAGAGGAAAACGUCAUCUCAUACACACGCACACACAAACAUACACAUACACACAGACAAACACGAAUAUACAUACCUCACCCCUCUUGCCAAUCUGGCCAUGGUUGAUUUAUCUAUCUACUGUACUGUGUAUCAUCUCAAAGUCAUCUCUACUAGUGCUAUGAGGUUAUCUUGUUCUUCAGGGGCAUUUUUGUAACUAGUUUCUGACGAUGCUCCUUUUGGCUCAGAGUUGUCAUCACUGUGAUACGCUUCCAUAA